UCUCUCAAAACACAAAAGGCCCACACUCUCAAACAACAAACAAAAUCAUAACAAAAAGCGGAAAAAGCGAAAAUAGCUCUGGAAAUAGUCAUCUUCCUUCUCUACUUCUUCUCUGUCUCUAUCACUGCAUGCCUUCUUCUCUUCUCCAUUUUCCAUUCAAAUUCAAAUUCAAAUUCACCAUCUCUCUCGACAGAAGAAGAUAGAGAUAAUAACACCAGCAACAACACUAACCUUACUCAAAUGGCCACAAUGGAGAGCUUGAUCGGCCUCGUCAAUAGGAUACAAAGAGCCUGUACGGUCCUCGGCGACUACGGCGACGAUACUGGCGCCGUCUCUUUGCCUACUCUCUGGGAGUCGCUUCCGUCUGUUGCUGUCGUCGGCGGCCAGAGUUCAGGAAAGUCAUCGGUGUUGGAGAGCAUUGUGGGGAGAGAUUUUCUUCCAAGGGGAUCAGGCAUUGUAACAAGGCGGCCUUUGGUGUUACAACUGCACAAGGCAGAGUCAGAGUAUGCAGAGUUUCUCCACUUACCCAAGCAACGAUUCACUGACUUCUCAAUGGUUCGAAAGGAAAUUCAAGAUGAAACUGACAAACUGACCGGCAAGUCAAAGCAGAUUUCUCCUGUUCCUAUUCAUCUCAGUAUCUACUCUCCAAAUGUUGUUAACUUGACACUGAUAGAUUUGCCUGGUUUAACAAAGGUUGCUGUAGAGGGGCAACCAGAGAACGUAGUUAAGGACAUUGAAAAUAUGGUUCGUUCAUAUGUUGAGAAGCCAAAUUGCAUUAUUCUGGCUAUAACUCCAGCCAAUCAAGAUAUAGCAACAUCUGAUGCUAUCAAACUCUCUAGAGAAGUUGAUCCAACAGGUCAAAGGACAUUUGGCGUGUUGACAAAGCUCGACUUGAUGGAUAAGGGAACAAAUGCUUUGGAUGUCCUAGAAGGGAGGGCUUAUCCACUUCAGCAUCCUUGGGUUGGAAUUGUGAACCGGUCACAAGCUGAUAUCAACAAAAAUGUAGACAUGAUAGCUGCUAGGCGGCAAGAGCGCGAAUUCUUUGUUACGAAUCCUGAAUAUAGGCACCUGGCUGGCAGAAUGGGUUCAGAAUAUCUUGCAAAACUUCUAUCCAAGGAUUUGGAGUCUGUAAUUAACGCUCGCAUACCAGGCAUCAUGUCAUUAAUUAACAGAAGCAUUGAUGAACUUGAAGCUGAGUUGGACCACCUAGGUAGACCUGUUGCUAUUGAUGCUGGGGCCCAAUUAUACACUAUCCUGGAGUUAUGUCGUGCUUUCGACCAGGUGUUCAAGGAGCAUUUGAAUGGAGGGCGACCUGGUGGUGAUAAGAUAUAUGGUGUUUUUGACUACCAGCUCCCAUCAGCUUUAAGGAAACUUCCAUUUGACCGCUAUUUGUCUUUGCAAAAUAUAAGGAAAGUGGUUUCAGAGGCAGAUGGAUAUCAACCUCAUUUGAUUGCUCCUGAGCAUGGUUAUCGACAGCUCAUUGAUGGUGCAAUCAAUUACUUCAGAGGGCCAGCUGAAGCUUCCGUAGAUGCAGUUCACUUUAUUUUGAAAGAACUUGUAAGAAAGGCAGUUAGAGAAACUCAGGAGUUGAGGCGCUUUCCAACUCUUCAAGCUGAAAUAGCAUCUGCUGCCUAUGAUGCAUUGGAGAGGUUCCGUGAAGAUAGUAAGAAGACAACUUUGAGGUUGGUGGACAUGGAAUCCUCAUACCUGACUGUGGAUUUCUUUAGGAAACUUCCAAUGGAGGUGGAGAAGGGCGGAAAUCCAACUGCUACCAAUGCGGAUCGGUAUACAGAGGGCCACUUUCGCAGAAUAGGAUCCAAUGUUUCCUCUUAUGUUGGGAUGGUGUCUGAUACACUCAGGAAUUCCAUUCCCAAGUCAGUGGUUUAUUGUCAAGUGCGGGAGGCCAAACAGUCAUUGCUAGAUCACUUCUACACUCAAAUAGGGCAAAAGAAGGCCAAACAACUUGCAGAAUUGCUUGAUGAAGAUCCUGCAUUGAUGGAAAGAAGGCAGAAAUGUGCCAAAAGACUCGAUUUAUACAAGUCCGCGAGAGAUGAGAUUGAUGCGGUCUCAUGGACUAGGUAAGGUAAGCGUUGAAACCUAAAUGGAAUAGGUAACAUAUCUUGGUUUGGUUAUUGUGAGAUGUGACAAAGACAGCUUUGAGCCAAUCUUCUUGUUUUUACUUAGCCAUUGGUAGUAUAAAUGAAUUUUAAACUAUAAAAUUCAUUUUAUAAUUGGUUUUAUUUAUAAUUUAUUUUAGUAGAAACAAUGACAUUUUUGAAAUUGGAAAAUCCUAUCCUCAAAUCCUUUAACUUUA